AUGAAUUCUUUCUCAGAUACCAUUUCGACUCGUCCUCAUAUGCGACCAUCUCCCACUAAACUCUCGACACCCACAACAUACUCGACAAAGACAUUGAACACUUUGUUCCAAUAUGUACCUCUGUCGACAACAUCUUGCAGCCCUUGGAUCCAGUAUGCACCGUUAUCAUCGACGACUUCGCCAGCCUUCAUUUAUCGUCCUACACCUAUGACAACUUCAACCAAUAUCGCAUCAUCGUCCAGUGAAACCGCAGAAUUGAAUCUCUCGGCUCAUGCAGAUUGUCAAACAACAGAUACGCCUAUAGGGUUUGCAAUAUUUCUUCUGAUAUUGCUGGGGAUGAUGUUGGCGAUGGCUACCAUGAUGUGGUUGGCGGAGAGCAAAAGUCUUCAGAAAUGGCAAAGAUCAGAGUACCAAGAGCGCAGCAUCUUGGACAAACAAAGGACAGAUGCAGAACCCGUUGGUUUGGGCAUCACACUGCAUCCGGCUGUCGAAGAGAGAAGAGAGGUUGGAGAUUACGAGCGACUGAAAAAUUGGCUCUCCGUUGCCGUCGAACAAGGGAAGUCUGCCGGAAUGACUGGGGGGUGGAACGACUUUGCUGUUUCCAGAACACGAACCGAUCUCUAUAUGAAUGCCGAGGAAGGGUUGUUACUAGCUGUCCGAGAGAGCGAAAGGAGUGAGAGCGGGAAGGACCAGAUUGAUAUUGAGCUUGACGCUGAUUGGGGGUAUUGA